UGGACCCAGUAGCUCGACCCAGCUUGGGGUGCCCUCUCAUGAGCCUGGAAAUCAGGAUAGCUCGUGGAUUGGAUUUUUCUCUUCAAUGAUUUCAAGGCCGUAUUUCUCCUUCUUGCAAAGAUACCUACCCGGGCGGCAUCAGACACAGAGCCAGUCCAGCAGCGGGGCUGGGUGGAUCGGCGAGGACUUUUUUAAGCAAAGCCUAGCAUGCGAGCAGAUGUUUCUAGCCCGGCUUGAAGAGGAUUGUAUGCAGACGGAGCACAGUCCUCCUGUCGGCUUGUUAAAUUAUCAAUAUGGUAGCAACUACUGUAACGGCGGCAGCCAGGAACCAUUUUCUCUCCAGUCAACCGGCACGUCUCUCGACUGGUUUACCAAGGACGGCCUCGGAGUAAUGGGGAUACACGGAGCCAGAGAUACAGACGUGUAUUCAAAAGACCCGGUCCCUACGAAUGCAUAUGCAGCGAGGCAUUAUUUAAAUCAGGUUUUUGUCAACGUUAUGUCGGCACAGGACGCCAAGAGCGGCUAUGAGAUGAGCAAGAAAGGUCAGAUUUUUGAAAGGGACAAUCCGACAUGGGUUUCGUCAGGUGCAGCGACGGCAGGGCAGGUAAAACGAAGCUGGUGGGAACAUCUUUGGGGAACUGGUUAUAACAGUACUGCUGGUAUUGGUGCACACGGAGCGGAGCUUUCGGGUAGAUCCGGACCAGUGCAACAGAGUAAAGAAAAGGACAGUACAGGGUUUCAAAAGCAGCUGCAGCCGAGUCAUAUAGCCAUUGUUUCAAUGCCUCCGGUUCACAUUGUGCCAAGUGAAGGGGAUCCUUUGUGUACGGAAAACGCUGGAUAUCAGUUUCACAAAGUGCCCCCUCCUGACAAUGCAAGCUCACAAACGACCUUACCGGAACUACUUCUCGCUGAAAAGCUCCUGUUAGCGUUUGGGAGGCCCUGUGCUUGUGCGGCUGUUACAGCCACUGCCACAUUCAGCACUGAGGCCGUAGUGCUGACCCCAGACCAGGACAAUGGGUACUCCAGCUGGGAGGAGGAGCAUUUCGGCUCCAAAAGCCACAAAAUGGAGGCUUGUUGUACAAGCCAGGUCUCCUCUGAGGCUGUCAGGACUGAGCAGCAGAGCUGUGCGGAGGUGGGGGAGACCCUCAUUUGUGUGAACAAUGGCAAUCUGGGCCCCGAAGGGGAGAUGGAACAGAGGGAUAUAGGAGGUGCCACUCUGGCCUGGGAUGACUCAAAUGUGGAAGCACGCAUUGAGGUCGCCAGUCAAAGCCUGCCUGUUCUCACCAGCCCCCAGUGCCAGAACAAGACCAUUGCGUUUAUCAUGGGCGCCCCCUGCAGUGAGGAGAGCGAGAGUGAGUCAGAAUCAGACCUGGACUGGGAUAGUGACGAUGAUGAUGAUGAUGAUGGGUUCAGUAGUGAGGGGUCGUCUGACUUUUCCGAAUCAGAGGAGGAAGAGGGUGGGACAGAGGAAGCAGAAAAAGAAAUGCUCUGGAAUUUGUUUAGUCAAAGCAGGGAUCCCUACAACCCCCAAAACUUUACAGCAGCAAUCCAGACUGUUAAACCCAGAGCUCCCUUUGAGGAAGAUGUAACUGCUACUUCUACAGAGGAGGAAGUGACAGAUGCAGAGUGCUCCCCAGGGUCUCAAAGCCCAUGGGAUUCUGAGGAUGAUCACAGCAGUUGUGAUGAAGCAGAGAGUCUCAAACUAUGGAAUUCCUUCAGCUGCAGAGGGGACCCCUAUAGCCCCCUGAAUUUCAUGGUUCCCAUCAGUACUAAACAGGUAAGGGAGCAGUGUAGCGUCCCCUCGAGCAGCAAUCAAAAAGCGGGCAAGAGAGCUCCUUCACCCUGCAUGCAGAUGGAGGAGGCAGAGGAAAGACUGGACAGCGGCUUCUCCGAGACCUUCCACAUUGAACAAGCGCAGAAGUCGAGCAACAGAUGUGGCAAGCAAAAAAAGGUGAUGUUUGUGGACGAGGUAGAGGAGUUCUAUGCCAGCUGUGAUGAAGAUCGCUGUGGCCCCUGGGAAGAAUUGGCCCGCGACCGUUGCCGCUUUCUGAGGCGGGUCCAGGAAACAGAAGACGCAGUUGGAUGCUGCCUUGCGCCAGCCCACCGGCAGAAGGUCUUUGAAAGACUGUAUGAGAAAUGCUGAGUUUCUGAAAAAAUAAAAAAAGGGACAGCAGCUCAAUCUACCUUAAACUUCAGGGAGGUGGGAGUUCCAGAGCAGAGUGUUCAAUAAGACUUGUCAAUCCCAUUCAGAGAAAUUGGGUUUAGGCUGCACUAAACUUGGCCCCCUCAUAUGCUAUACCUCUUUGCAAGGUCAUUUUCAGCUGUGUGCAGUGAGCGGGUAUGGUCUCAGCUCAGACCCCAGUGCAUGCAGUGAAGUCACAGGUCACUAGCCAUGGUUCGACGCCAGCUCAUGACACAAGCGAUCUGAUGCGAUAUCAGUCUUUGCACAGUAGUAGUUUUAAUGGAGUUAGAACCAAGGAUUUGCAUCUCUUACUUCAGCAUGGCCUAAAUGUUAUCAGUGGCCUUCCUUUUGAUUCUUCACUGGCUACAAGUAUAAUUCCUUAUUGUGAUGUCGGUCCCAUAGACUACCAUAGGAGUAAACCCACCAGGAAGCAACAGUAUUUAAAUCUUUCAUGCAAAUGUCUGAAAAGGUGUUCAGCGAUAAGCCGCCUCCUGCUUAUUAAACCGUGUGUUUUUGUGCUUCAGCCUUAUUUGGGAGCUGAUCAGCUUAUAACACUACCAAAUUUCUUUUUCUAAAAAGAACCAUGGGUUCGGCUGGUCUAGGCUAUACCUGCACGGUAUGUUAUUUAGAGAACUGGCCAAUUCCUGGGGUUCCUGUGGAUGUACUGUUGAGUUUAAAAGACUUUGAAAACAAAACUAUCAGUUUGUUUGUCUGCCAAGACUAAGGUGUUUUCAUUUUACUGAAUAUAAAGGCAGUUGCAUCAACUGUGCUCAGUGUUAAUUUUAGGACAUACACAAAUUGUAUUUCUUUCUUUUCUGAAUCAGUUAAUAAUAGAAAAAUAAAAAUCGCACACCAUGAGGCAAGUGGAGAAAUCUUAAUUAGCAUUAUUAGGAAUCGUACCAUUCCAUAUGACAAGAAGAAGAAACCAACAACCGUUUCUCUUUUAAUUCUGUUUUAAUUAAAUCCGCUGUGGUUUAAACCUGACUUUACUUGAUCCAGGUCGCUGGCUCAUUAAUGCAUGCAAUUUAGGCCCACUUUGAUAACUGCAGCUCAUGCCUUCACUUGGAAUAUUAAUCUGCAAUAAGAGACGGCCCUCAUGGUUUUUUUUAGGUCUAUGGUGUAAGAAGCAUGUUAUAUAAAAAAGGUGUGUGGGAAGCAACAUGAGCUAGGGUGUGGCUAUUCCAAGCAUAGGUGGGGCCAGCACAACAUCAUAAAACCACUGCUGGUAUUUCCAGUAUUUUGGGAAUGGUAAUAACAAAUAAUACAAACAACUAAUACAGCUGUUCUUAAUUCAACACAGUUAAAUUAUAUCAAAUUUUAUUUUUGUAUAACUUCCAUUUUUUUCUGGGUUAGUGCUUCUGCAAUAGACAAAGGAAAACAUAGUGGCAGAAGCUUCAUUUAUAAAAAAAAAAAAACUGCUUUUUUCUGAUCAGAAAUUUUAAAAAUAAUAAAACAAUUAUAU